UUAGCAGCGUGCUCUGGAGGGAGAAGAAUGAAAGCUAGUUACUUACUUUUUGGUAGUCACGCUCUUUGUGUGGUUAAAACUUCUCAAUAACGUCUUUAAAAAGUACAUUAACUCGACGGACAUUGUUUUAGUGACAGAGAGAUGCGGAUAGUCGGUGUACCAGUGGGUAAAUAUCGUUCAAACAUCUUGUUGACGGGGGUUGUGCUCCGUUAGCCGAGCAGCAAGCUAACCUGCCAUUCAGAAGAAGUUUGGGUUGUAAUUUGGUGGAUGUGCUGAUUAGAAGGUGACAGCAUCGGACUCAAAGGUGACAACACAUAACAAAAGAUCACUAACAUCAUGGCCUGGCCUCCCAGCAAGCGACUGCGAGGCCCGAACCACGAUGUCCUAAGGGCCAAUCCUGUCGAAGUCGAUCCCUUUGGGGAUGAAGAAGACUUCACUCAAGAUGACCUGGACGAGAUCGACAUCAUUGCCUCGCAGGCCAUUGGCUUGGCGGCCGCGUCGGAUUUUGGCUCCAAAGAGGUGAACAAACCUGAAUGGGACAAAGCGCACUGGUCAGGAUUCCAUCCCUCUACCAGGCCGCCACUGGACAGAGAAAACGCGGGCGGUCAAGGUAGCAAGGGAGGACGUUUGGGGUCCCUUGACAGAGAGCCAACUGGCAACAAGGCUGGGCAGACUGGUGCCGAACGAGAUGACUCCUACACCCUGCUGGAGGCUCAGCAUGCGGAUCUCCGGAGGAAGCUGAAGGAGGUGGAGGAGGAGAUUGUGUCGAAAAACGGCGAGAUCCGCCUGCUCCGGGACUCCCUAAAAGGAACCCAGCAGGAGAAGGAGACCCAGAGGCAGGCUCUGGCCCUGCUGGAGAAGCAGAAGCAGAGAGAGCAGAGCGAUAAGGAAAAGGAGCUCCACAAGAAGGUUCAGUCGCUGCAGUCGGAGCUGCAGUUCAAAGAAGCCGAGAUCAACCAGAUAAAGAGCAAAUUGCUGAGCGCCGACAGGGGCAAGUCGCCGUCGCUAAACAGCCCCAAAGUGCCCAACGGGCUUUCCCAGCUAUCCGGCAGUGGCAACUCCUCCUUGCCGACGGGAAGCGGCUUUAUCGCCAAGGAGAGCCUCAAAACUCCCGGCAAGACACGCAGAAACGAAGGACUUGACAAGCGGGAAGUAGCCGGGGCCGAUCCGUUCCUGUCCGAGCGGCCGCCACACCGGCAGCACCCGGGUGGCGUCCUGUUGGGCUUGUUGCUGCAGCAGCCGCUGUCUCCCGGCAGUCUUUGCCUCUCGCACCUGCUGUCCGUCUGCCCGAGUGAUGUCUGCGUGGCGGCAGGGCCCAACUCGGCCACUGUUAUGAGGGACAUGAGGUCAACCGGCGCGGGCGGGAGUAAAGGCGGAGCCCUGCGAGCGACCCUCAGUCCAAUCCAGAGUUUGGCCAUAACGGGCCUCAACAUGCUGAGUCAAAGCCAACCUGUUGCAGCAGAGGAGCAAGAAAAUGGAUGUCCCGGGGCUGUGCUUCUCCUCCCGCUGCUGGACACGCACUUGUCCCGCCUCUGCCAGGUGCUGGAUGCACGGGAUGAGGCCUCCGGGUCGUCGACGGAGCGAUGGGACGAGGCAGACAUCGCUAGUGUUGAAGACGCGGGGAUGGCGGCGCUGAGGAUCCUCUACCUGCUGAUAAACCACAGCCGGGAGGUGGUCCAGGCGCUUCUCCGGACACAGAGCGAAGCCGGCACGGAAAACAAGCGCCAGACUAAAACCGGCGCGACCGAGGCACUACGCUCCCACCACGCCUUGCUGCGCUCCGUGUUGCGCGUCCUUGAUGGAAAGUUGGAGGAGAUGGUGGUUAACGCCGCGAAGGUCGCCGGUAUCCUGAUCGAGAGGACGCCGUAUACGCAUGCUGACAGGUUGCUGUGCGUGCUGCAGGCGCUGCGUGCGUGCGUGUUGGCCCACCGCAAGCCGCGUGUGCUCGCCGAAUGCACCGCCGCCCUGGUGCGCGCGUGCGACCACCACACCCUGACUCGCCAACUCUGCGCCCAUCAUGAGCCCUGCGUCCUCCUGAAGCUGCUGCAGCACGUGCGAAAAAGACCCGUCAGGAAGGCGCCACACGCCGAGCUCACCCGGAUGGCCUUGCAGGUGGUCCGAUUGUUCAACCGCCUCAGUCAGACAGCAGAGAACUGGCAGAGCAGCAGCUGCCAGUGCUACAUCGAGGUGGUUCAGACGUCGGUGCUCAUUCUCCACCGUCAGUGGUUGGAGCUCUACGACUCGGCAGAGCUGCCGGACACGUCGACCGACGCGGGCUCCUCGCGGUCGCCGCCCUGGUGGCGCAACCCGCCGGCGUCACUGCUGCGCGAAUGCGUGCUCCUCCUUCACUGGCUGCUCCACCAUCACGGCGGGUUCUCGGCCAGCUGCCGCCCGUUGCUGCACAUGUACGACCAGGCCGUCCCGGCCCUGCGCGACGUCCUCAAGAGGAUCCCCGAGCUCAGCGAGAGCGAAGAGCUGGCCUUUGAGGAAAUCUCCCGUCCGGAAUGCGACGAUACCGAUGACAUGGACACUGAGUCCGGCUCCUGAUUGGGUCGCCUUGAUGAUGAACACUGUCUGUGCAAUAAAGUCCAGUUGAGGCAUAAAAAAACAGAGCAACCAGACUCGCAUUUUAAAACAAGGCGUAUGCUUUCAAAUCACGGGAACCGGUUCUCCUCACAAAUAAUUUCCCCUUCCCGUACUUACUUAAGAGUAGUGGCAGUAAUUGUCAAUUAUCCCAUAUAUAGCCUCCUGUGGUGUCAUACCGUUUGAGCUUUGCACCUGCUGAUUGCUGGCUUUUGCUAAAUCAGCGGACAAUGGAACACAUCCCGAUACUGUCGGAAUGUUGUUCGGAGGAUUGGGUGUAAAAAAUUAGAAUCUGAAAAAUGAUGCUUCUAUGUUUUGAUUCUUGUUAUGAGUGAUUCUGGAUUUCCGUUCUUUCCUGGGUGUGCGGCUCACAGCACAAACAGAAAUGAUAAUUGAGGUUUUGUAAAGUCCCACGAUAGUGAAUUUGCAUACUGGGUUGUACGGAAUGUAGACCUGUAACGGAGUCUACCAUGAGUAACUUUGCAGGAAUCAAAGAUUAAUGCAGCCCUCGUUAGUUGAGGGGAUUAUUUUGUUUUGUUUCAAUGCGUGGCAUUGAGAUCCUUCUGCUUCCGUAACAUCAUUGCCAAAAAAAAUAAACAAAAUACUCGGGCAUCGAUCAUCUACUAGAAGAAUUUUUUUUGUCCAGAUGCUUGAAUCUAAUUUAGAGGUUAAGUGUGCAUGUGCCUGAAGUAAUUUUACAUUUUAUUUGUCAUCCAAAACCUCAAGAUGAUGGCUUUGGCACUAAACAAAAAGAUUUUGGCCAGCAGAUGGCUUUUUUUUUUUUUUUCUCCAUUUUCCAGGCAGAACUUGUCAAGUGAGUCAUGUGACAUGUCAGCCAACAUUUAAAAAGGUGGCUCCUCCCUAUCCUCCACAUUGAACAUCUCUACUGCAAUGAUGACGUCUGCUCUUGGCUUGCUGCUCUUCAUUUGUGGAAUCGGCCAAGGAAUCAGCCAAUUGAGCCCUAUCCCUUCUGAGCCAAACCCGUCACAGCCUGAUCUAAACCCGGUACAGUCGUUCGGUGACACCAGAUGCCCUCCAGGCUGGGUUCAGCUGAACAAUCGUUGUUUCAUCUUCGAAGGGGAACCGCUGACGUUUGAUCAAGCAGAGCAGUCCUGCGAGGAUCUGGGGGGAAAUCUGGCCUCCAUCCACAAUGUUUUCGAGCAGGGCGUGGUCAAUGCGUUCACGGUGCGGACUUUAGGGGAAAGCGAUGUCUGGAUUGGACUCUCUGUAGACGCUAACGGUUUGAUGUGGACUGAUGGCACAGAAACCAGUUUUGCCAGUUCUCAGUUUUCUGGCAUAUUUCCUGUGGGCUGCUACGCGGUUGCUCCAGACGACUUGCUAUGGACUAAUCAUGCUUGUGACUUCGUCCUGCCCUCCCUUUGUGUCCGGGAUGUGUUCCAGUGUGCGUCACUGUGCCUGAAGUAAAAUGUUGCAUUGUAACACGAGGAACCUGCCAUCAUACUGCAACAUUUCGGAUUGAUCCAACGCCGCUCACGAGACCCAGAAUAAGUCGGAGUGAGUUUUCUUGAUCUUCGAAUGGUUAAUUAAGGGUUAAAAAGGGUUAAUUGCUUGUAUACCAACCAUAAAGUCGGAGUCAUUCUCCCUAAAUGGCGUUACAAAUGCAUGUUAAAUUUUGCUGAAAUUCUUGAUCUCAUUUGUGUUUUGAGCCAAGAAUGUUAAAUUCAUUUUAUAAAUUCACUUGAGAACUCUUGAAAACUGCAUCGUGUUUUAUCUUCAAGUUUUUUUGUGAAGACUUUGGCCUCAAGAUUAUCAACCAAUCGUCAAUCCGUUGAAAUAUAUGUGCCAAAAUGAUUUGAACCACCUGUGCCAAAGUCAUGUGAAGAAGACAGCUCAACACACAAAUACACAAAUAUAUACACUUGUA